GCAGCAGAUACGUGUCGCCAUGACUCUAUAAAAGGAAGGUGCAUCCGAACUCGAACAGCCGCCCCAUUUCUUUUCGUAUCCAGCUUCGCGAACGUCCAGAGGUGUACACGGGCAGAAUGGGUCGAAGACCAGCAAGAUGUUACCGCCAGAUUAAAAAUAAGCCAUAUCCGAAGUCUAGGUACUGUAGAGGUGUUCCUGAUCCUAAGAUUAGGAUUUAUGAUGUGGGCAUGAAAAAGAAAGGAGUUGAUGAAUUUCCUUUCUGUGUCCAUCUUGUUUCUUGGGAGAAAGAGAAUGUCACAAGUGAAGCCCUGGAAGCAGCACGCAUUGCGUGCAACAAGUACAUGGCCAAGUUUGCAGGAAAAGAUGCAUUCCACCUUCGAGUGAGAGUCCAUCCUUUCCAUGUCCUGCGUAUCAACAAGAUGCUUUCUUGUGCUGGAGCAGAUAGGCUCCAAACUGGUAUGCGAGGUGCCUUUGGGAAGCCCCAGGGGACUUGUGCCAGGGUAAGUAUUGGUCAGGUACUGCUGUCUGUCCGAUGCAAAGAUGCAAAUGGCACCCAUGCACAGGAAGCACUCAGAAGGGCCAAGUUCAAGUUUCCUGGACGACAGAAGAUCAUUGUCAGCCGCAAAUGGGGCUUCACAAAGUUCAGCAGAACUGACUAUGUCAAGUGGAAACAGGAGAACAGGAUUCAGCCGGAUGGAGUGAAUGCUAAGCUCUUAGGAUGCCAUGGACCCCUUGCUGUGAGGCGUCCAGGGAAGGCUUUCUUGAGUGAAGUAUUGAAUCCUGCAGCUUGAUUUCUUGGCGUUCAGACAGUUUGUCAUCAGAAUUAAUGAAUACCUUAUUGUCUUAUUUUAGACUUUGUUUCCGUUUUGGAUCUUUGAACCCUCGUUAAAUCUUUGAACCUUUGUUGAACUGCUGAACAUCUAUUUCGAUGACAUUUAAAUUUGGAUAUCUUUAUAUGUCUAUUGCACAUGCUAUGACCCUUCUUCAA